GUAGUCGCAGGACGGGCAGUCUAGGUUAUCGUGAGGCGUCCUGUUCUGGUUUACGUUCAUUUGGGGACUAUAAGACGCGAAGAACUGGACGUCCCGCCCCUGACGUCUCCAACCCCCAUCAAAUGCCGCCAACAUCACAGUCGGCAGCAACUGCCCGAUUAACCGGCAACGAGCCAACGUCCGCCUCCGCAAGGAUCCGCAGGAGCUUCUCUUCCCUUGCCAUGAACUUUGGGCGACUCCCCUCGAACAACCCCUCACCGUUAGUUCUCCGAUUGUAAUCCAUUAACUUCUCUUUCGUUCAUUGUAGUUGGUAUUGUGAAUAAUAAGUCGCCAUGGAUCCUUCGAUCAUGAAGCUGCUUGAAGAAGACGAGGACGAGCACAUGCAUUCCGGGGCAGAUGUUGAGGCGCUCACCGCGGCGCUCAAUCGGGAUAUCGGAGGCACGCUCUUACCUCAGACAACCACCUGUACGGUGGAAUCUGAUCCUGGUGCCUUGUCCCAUGGUGACGCAUCCUCGCCUUCUCUUUCUUUCGGACAAUGGCAGCAAUCUGCACUAGAAGAAGAAAAUGUCAAGCAAGAGCAUAUGCAGGAAGUGCAUCAACUCCAGCAAAUACAAGGGAAGCACCCAUGUGUAAUGGACCAAUUAAAACAUGGGGAAGAUGCAAGGCCUCUGGAACAGAAAAGUGGUAUAAUCUCAUCAGGUGGUGACCAACCUCUGUGUGACCAGAAGCAAGUUCAAGCUCAGGAUCAAACUUUACAACCUGCACAAGGCCAGCAGAUGUCUGUAGAGAAUAAUCAACUUUCCGGGAAAUCCUCUGGACAAGGAAUAGAAAAGGAAACCUUUCAAAAGGGUGGGCAAUACCUUAAAUCACUACCAUCUAAUGCACAGGAUGCUGCCUUAGGUAACCAACAUUUGCACCCUGUGAGUACUCAGCAAUCAUCUGCAGUGGCACAGUCAAGUAAUCCGAAACAGCCUUCCAAGCCAGGAACUAUUCCUUUUGCCUUGUUGCUUCCAGUUUUAACUCCUCACCUUGACAAAGACAGGACCAUGCAGCUACAAACACUUUUCGUCAGAUUGAGGAAAAAUGAGGUUUCAAAGGAAGACUUUUUAAGAGUUGCUAAAGACAUAGUGGGGGAUCAGAUGCUCAGAAAGGCUGUCGAACUAAUGCAGGAGAAGCAUAUGCAGCUUCGGAAUUCCCAGAAAACACCGAGAGGUCAAUCUAGGUAUCAAUUUCAGUCUUCUAGUCCCUUGCAGGAUUCUGGUCUUUCUGGUUACAAUCAUCCACAGGUAGCCGAGACUCAAUCAUCAUCACAAAUUCAUGCUUUACCUAAUACAUCCCAUAAGAGGUUGCAUGAUCAACAAUCGAAAAUCCCAAAUGUGCAAAUGCAGGCAAACUUAUCCCUUCCUGCUUCUGAAACCACUGCUCAGAAAGCUAGGCAGGGUACCGAUCAUCAUCCUGAUAGACAGGGAGUCUCUUCAAAUCAAGCAGUCCCUGUUAAUGUGGGCCAGGUUAUUCAGGAAACAGAAUCCUCGAAGGUCUUAGUGCCAUCUGUUGAUCAGCAGCACCAGCAGCAGCAACAACAACAGCAACAUAUGCCGUUCCCACAGUCAUCGUUUUCAAUGUAUGGGGGAACAGUGGCGAAUUAUUAUUCAUAUGGGUUUUCUAUGCCAUCUGUCACUGCACAGGGAGGUCCUGCUAAGAUGCAGGGACAAGAUCCUCAAGUUCGACAAAUGGCAAAUUCCCAAGGAAUGGCUCCACCUCAGUUACCAUCAUCUCAGCCUUUGAACCUGAAGACUGUUCCCAAACAUGACCUGCAAAGUCCCAGAAAUGAAACCAAGAGGCCACAAAGUGUAUCACACCCACAGAUAACUGGUGUGUCAGCAUUUCAACCAAAUCCAAGCAUGUGGCAAACUAGCUUGGAUAAAGAACUGAAGAUUGGUGGACUGCCAUCGUCGUCACACAUGAAACAGGAGACUAGUGACCAUGUAAUGGACCAUCAACACAAACCUUUUAUGUCUGGUCAGGGGACACCUUUCAGUCCAAUGAACAUUGACUCAGGGAAUUCAAGUCAUGGUCCCAUAAAGGAAGAAGCUUUGGAGAAGCAAUCUGGCAGGGUAAACUUCACGGCCGCUGGAAAUGUUCUCCCUGCAAAUCCAUUUUCAAGCUCCUUGCCAACACAUCUAGAACAUUCAACACAGAACGCACCAUCAUCUGCUGCUACGAUACACCUUCAGACUUCUUCUACACCUGCGCCUCCAGCUGGGAACACAAAUGCAAGGGCAACUUCGAAAAAAACUUCAGCGGGGCAAAAGAAGCCACUUGAUGCUUCUGCUUCUCCAACACAACUUCCCACUAAAAAGCAAAAGACAUCUGGUGAAUAUCAAGAUCAGAGCAUUGAGCAACUUAAUGAUGUUACUGCAGUCAGUGGCGUGAACCUAAAGGAAGAGGAGGAGCAGCUGCUUUCUGCACCUAAAGAGGAAAGUCGAGCUUCAGAAGCCAUGCGACGGCUUGUACAGGAAGAAGAAGAGAGGCUAAUUUUACAACGGGAUCUGUUACAGAGAAAAGUAGCACAAAUCAUGGCCAAAUCCGGUAUAAAGAAUGCCAGCAGUGACGUUGACCAGUGUUUGUCCAUGUGCGUCGAGGAAUGCCUACGAGGAUUGCUAUGCAAGCUCAUUAGAAUGUCAAAGCAGAGGGCAGAUCUUGAAAGGGGGAGACACAAGGUUGUGGUCACUUCAGAUGUUCGGCGACAGAUUCUGUUAAUGAAUCGGAAAGCAAAAGAGGAACUGGAGAAAAAACAUGCAGAAGAAGCUGAGAAGCUACAAAAACAGAAUGAGGCUGAAGGAAACACUGCAACAGAUACAGAAAAGGAUGACGGCCGUAUGAAAUCAGUCAAGGUAAACAAGGAAGAAGAUGACAAAAUGCGAACAACGGCAGCAAAUGUUGCAGCCCGAGCAGCUGUGGGGGGAGAUGACAUGCUAUCAAAAUGGCAACUCAUGGCUGAACAAGCAAGACAAAAACGUGAAGGUGGAGUUGAUGGAGCAUCUGGCAAGGAUGUAAACCGUAAGGCCUUGGCAAUUUCUGCAAAGGCUAUGAGCAGCUCCGACAAUCACACUGAGGGCCGAGCAACCUCUGGUACAGCAUAUGGUGUCAGAAGUUAUGGGAGGAGUCCCAUUGGAAUGGGUCAAGCCAAAAUAGCAAGGACCAUCUCUAUCAAGGAUGUGAUCUCUGUUCUUCAAAGAGAACCUCACCUAGCCCAGUCUACAUUGCUUUACCGGUUGUAUGAAUGGAUGCCUAACGAUUCAACGGAAAAAGCUGGGGAAACAACAUGAACAUCGGCUUUUUUGCACUAUGACUCCUGCCUCGCCGAUUAGCGUUGUGAAAUAUUCCAUGGUGCAUGUAGUUUUAUAAAUUACUGCAUGUCUCCUGCACCAUUAGUACAGGAGUCCUGUUAAAAAAUGUAACACUACAGUUACUGAUCGUGAUUGUAAAAUGAUAAGGAAAGGCCAUUGUCGUCUUAUUUUGAAAUCCA